AUGAAGUUUAUCCUCUUCUGGGCUCUCUUGAACCUGCCUGUUGCUUUGGCCUUUGAUCCAGAUUACACAGAUUUCAUCACUCCCCACUACUUAGUCUACUUGAAAUCCGAUUACUUGCCCUGUGUUGGAGUCUUGAUCCACCCACUUUGGGUGAUCACAGCUGCACACUGCAACCUACCGAGGCUUCAGGUGAUAUUGGGGGUUACAAACCCAUCAAACCACAAGGAAAAAAAUACACAAGUGAUUGGCUACAAGAAGAUGAUUUAUCAUCCAUACUUCUCAGUCACUUCUAUUGAACACAACCUCAUGUUAAUAAAGCUGAAAACAAAUAUUCAACUCAAUGACUAUGUGAAUUUGGUCAGCCUGCCCACUGAACCUAUCUCUGCAAAAACCAUGUGCACUGUCUCCACCUGGGCCUACAACAUAUGUGACUACUCCAAUGACCCCAACUCACUGCAGAAUGUGAACAUCUCUGUAAUCUCCAAUAGUCAAUGCCGCAGCGCCUACAAAACUUACAACAUCAAAGAAGGGAUGCUGUGCGUUGGCAUUGUGCCAGGAAGGAGGCAGCCCUGCAAGGAAGUCACAGCUGCCCCAGCAGUCUGCAAUGGGAUACUUCAAGGAAUUCUGACUUUCGCAGAUGGAUGUGUUUUGAGAGCUGAUGUUGGCAUCUAUACCAAAAUCUUUAACUACAUGCCCUGGAUUGAAAAUACAAUCCAAAACAACUGA